AUUAUGCCAUCCAUUAUAAAUACGAAACCCUAACUCUGCUCCUUAGCUGACUCAAAUCUCAGAAUUCCAAGAAAAAUCCCCAUUUUCCCAAGCUUGUUUCUUCUUCUUUCCAAUUUCUAUUGUUCCUCAAUCUCCGAAAAACCCAUAAACAAAGUAGAAAAAAGACCCGAAAUAUCGGUGUUGAUUCCCGAGCGAAGAUCGGAGCUUGUUCUUCGUCGUCUCGAAAAUCUGAAAGCUUCGGGCGAAAAUCACAGAGAAUCUAUGGCGUCCGUCUUGACCCGAACCGGAAGCGGGCCGCAAUUCUACCUCGGCGACGAGUGGAAGCUGUCGAAGAAAGAAAUCUCCGGCGGCGGCGCGUCGAGGAAUCGGAUCACGCGCUCUUCGUCGAUGUCAUCUUCGUUUUCCGGAUACGACAAGGCCCAGAAACAGGGGAAGUGCGCUUUCACGAGGAAGUGUGCGAGAUUGGUCAAAGAGCAGAGAGCCCGAUUCUACAUCGUGAGGAGAUGCGUCGUCAUGCUCAUCUGCUGGAGAGAUUACACCGAUUCCUGAAUCCGAUGGAUUUGAUCGGAGAUUCUCUGCCCUUCUGAUGAUUCCUGAUCCAUUUUGCGUUUUGAUUUGUUGAUCUUUUCCUGGGUUUUCGAAGAACAACAAGUGAAACCCAGAAUUUUUUUCCUAUGUUGUCUGGUUCAGAAUCAAAGUAGAUAGAUAUACAUGUACAUAAAGGCUUCUCUAUCUCUGGGUUUCCCCCCUUUUUUCUCUCUUUCGUUUUUGUUUUUUUAGGGUGAUUUAGAUUUUUUUUUAUUUGUGUUUUAGUUUUGUUUGUGCCCAUGAUUCUCUAUCAGAGGAAGAGACAGAGAGAGAUGAGGCUCUGUUUGUGUUCGAGUGGUGUUCAGUUUCAGUGUAUGGACUCGAAGAUUGUUCAUAUAUAUAUAUAUAUAUAUAUGUAUAUAUAAAAUAGUUCUGGUGUCGUAUUUGAUUAAAUUUCUCGUCAUUAUUUUUGUA